UGAAAUAAAUCUACUUUUUCAUGAUAUUCUAAUUUUAUGACCAGCACCUGUAAAAGAAGUGGAUGCAUUUUUCAACUAACAUGCAGAAGCACUGACCCGAACCUAGCAGAGGAUGAUGUUGCCAUAGUUAUGUCUUGCUGUGAGAAGGUCAGCGGCCAUGUCUGCAGAGUGGAUGUCUGGUGCUUCUACAGAAAACCAUAACACUAUCUGAUUGUAAACACUGUUUUGUUGGAUAUGGAUCUAAGGCCAGUACUACAAAGUAGCUUUAACAGAUGCACCUAUAGCUGGAAGUCGGACAUUGCAAUUAUCUCGCAUGGCAGACUAUUUAAUCAGUGGUGGGACAGGCUACGUCCCUGACGAUGGACUCUCAGCACAGCAGCUAUUUUCAAUCGGAGACGGCCUUACGUACAACAGAUCUGACCAACAGUGUGUUGUCUCCGAUGGUCAUACGGCUGAAGAGCUUUGCUCUAAAGGAGAUGGGUUGACUUACAAUGACUUCCUGAUUUUACCUGGCUUCAUUGACUUUACCUCAGAUGAAGUGGACCUGACAUCAGCUCUGACCAAGAAGAUCACUCUGAAAACUCCCCUCAUCUCCUCCCCCAUGGACACAGUCACAGAGUCAGCCAUGGCAAUUGCGAUGGCGCUUAUGGGAGGCAUUGGUUUUAUUCACCAUAAUUGCACGCCAGAAUUUCAAGCUAAUGAAGUGCGCAAAGUCAAGAGGUUUGAGCAGGGCUUUAUCACAGACCCAGUCGUGAUGAGCCCACACCACACAGUCGGGGAUGUCAUUGAGGCUAAAGUACGACACGGUUUCUCUGGGAUUCCCAUCACAGAAACUGGAAAAAUGGGCAGCAAACUGGUGGGAAUCGUCACCUCCAGAGAUAUCGAUUUCCUCUCCGAGAAAGACCACAGCAGACCUCUAGAGGAGGCUAUGACRAAAAGAGAAGACUUGGUGGUGGCUCCAGCCGGAGUUACUCUUAAAGAAGCCAACGAUAUUCUGCAGCGCAGCAAAAAAGGCAAGCUUCCCAUUGUGAACGACAACGACGAGCUGGUGGCCAUUAUCGCCAGGACAGAUCUAAAGAAGAACAGAGAUUACCCUCUGGCUUCAAAAGACUCCCGAAAACAGCUUCUGUGCGGCUCGGCCAUCGGCACCAGAGAGGACGACAAAUACAGACUGGACCUGCUGGUGCAAGCUGGAGUGGAUGUCGUCGUAUUAGACUCGUCACAAGGCAACUCUGUGUAUCAGAUCAACAUGAUCAGCUAUAUUAAACAAAAAUAUCCAGAGUUACAAGUUGUGGGAGGAAAUGUUGUUACAGCAGCCCAGGCCAAGAACCUGAUUGAUGCCGGUGUGGAUGCUUUGAGAGUUGGCAUGGGCUGCGGCUCCAUCUGCAUCACACAGGAAGUGAUGGCAUGUGGGCGACCCCAGGGAACCUCUGUGUACAAGGUAGCGGAGUACGCCCGACGCUUCGGCGUGCCGGUCAUCGCCGACGGCGGCAUUCAGACCGUGGGCCACGUGGUGAAAGCUCUGUCUCUUGGAGCGUCGACUGUUAUGAUGGGCUCGUUGCUAGCUGCAACCACCGAGGCUCCCGGAGAGUACUUCUUCUCAGACGGCGUGCGGCUGAAGAAGUAUCGGGGGAUGGGCUCUCUGGAUGCCAUGGAGAAAAGCAUCAGCAGCCAGAAACGUUAUUUCAGUGAGGGUGACAAGGUGAAGGUAGCCCAGGGGGUGUCUGGUUCAGUCCAAGACAAGGGCUCCAUCCACAAGUUUGUCCCUUACCUCAUAGCAGGCAUCCAACAUGGCUGCCAGGACAUCGGCGCAAAGAGUCUCUCUGUCCUUCGUUCCAUGAUGUAUUCUGGGGAGCUGAAGUUUGAGAAGCGGACUAUGUCGGCACAGGUGGAGGGAGGCGUUCAUGGGCUUCACUCUUACGAGAAGCGACUUUACUAAGUAGUUAGUGGAGUGAAGAUGAUAUUCAAUCUGAUGGUGACCAAAUGUUAAAUCGCCACUUCUGCCAAAAAACAAAUCCGCACCAUCCACUACACCCUCUCUGCCUCCCCCUGCGUCACGCCUGCUCUUUAACGUAUCUCAUCCGGUUAAAGUUGGGGAGGAGAGCAGCAUCGUAGAGAAACAGAGAACCUUCAAACUAACACCGGACUCUGAACACUUUGGACUUUUUCUCAAGAAAGCGGCACAUCAGGGUCUUCUGGAACAACACACACACACACACACACACCUGUGUUCUCUAUACAGCCUCAUCCUAUUUCAGUGUGUUGAUGGAAAGAGAUAGCAGGGUUGUGUGUGGACACCGUGGGUGAACUGUGUGUUUCAUGUUGGAGGCAGCCACGGUACGGGUCAGCAGCAUCUCACUUUGGCUCCUUUGGGAUCUACACGUACCAGCAAACUCGUKUUAGAAACUAAACUCAUCCCAGUCCUUAAAUACACUUGUCCAUAAUCCAAAAACACGACGGUACCAUUGUACUUCUGUGUAGUAUGCCAUUCUGUAACAGCAACUGUUUUUGUUUGUUUUUGCGUGUUUACGUCCUCAUAGGUGUGUUACUUGAAGAGCGGCUGCUUAGAUUACACCACAUGGAUUAUCUUAYGUGUCAUGCUUUUUAAUUUUUUUUUAUUUUCCGUAUUGGCCAUUGUUAUUCAAAUUACUUCGGUGGAGGAAGCUCAGACCCGCAAACAUCGUCCAUUAAUCCCUCAGACAUACUGAGCUGAAUAACCAGUUUCCCAUCUCCGUAUGUGCUCUUCGUGUGCAUUAUUUCAUGCGUUUUGUUUAAAAUGAGCUAAAUGGAUCAAUCAAGAAUACUUAAUGUUAUUGUCUGUGAUUUGAAUCCUUUUUUAAAAAUUUAAACAUCUUUUUUUUUUAUUAAACCCAUUUAGAUCUAGGGGCUGUGAAUUGAAAAUGAAGGGUUUUUAAUGUUAGUCUUUUUUUUUUUUAAAAGCCAACCGUGGCUGUAUUUAUACUCUGCUUCACUUGCAAACAAACUGCCGAGUGUAUUUACACGUCUUCUGACACUCUUCUUUUGUAACUUAAGACCAAAACAAUUGCAGCAACUUACUUUGUAAGCUUGUCUCUGGUUUGUUCUGUGCUUCAUGGUCUAGCAUAGAUAUAUUUUUCUUUCUUUCACCAAAGGUUUGCCUUGAAACAGAUAAAAGCUGCAAACAGCUCAGUGAAAUUGCAAUCAAUGUCAAGAACUUUCCUGUCUUUUACUUUGCUACUCUUGAGUGUUUUUUUUUUUUACAUUACCAUGAUUAUCUUCCCUACAUUUAUUUUCAUUAAUUUUCCAAGAUGUAUUUCCCCUCUGCCAUGAUCAUGUACAUUUUGGGGGUGCGUAGAGUUCUGCAAAGGCUUCAUUUGACUAACAGAAGGCUUGCAACUGGAGUGAAUUGCAAGAAAAUGUACAUAAAAAUAUAUGGAGAUGUGUAAAUUCCACUGGUUUGUCUUCAGUUUCUCACAGGUUAACUUAUUAGAAUGUCUUAAUCUGAAACCUUAUAGUCCAACCAAAUAAGCACAACUCAGAUUUUUUCUUUUCACUUGAGUUCCUUUGUAUAUUUUUAUCUUCUCAACAGUUGCUAUAAUUAUGGCAGUUUCAGCAGUACCAAAUGUAAAGAAAUAAAGUCUGUUUUUUUGUAGAUUUAUGGGGGAAAACUCAGUAUUUAGUAGUUUAUUUAUAGGGUUUUCAGAAAUAUCACUUCAAGACAUGUUUACAGUUGAACACUCAAAGGAAAGUUUCUUUCACUGUUAAAUAUGUUUAAAGAUGAAUAAAUACAUAAUACUGUG